AUGGAAACAAGCAACAAAAGUUCCACAGCAGACUUCAUCCUUCUGGGAUUUUCUGACUGGCCCCAGCUGGAAGGCAUCAUCUCUGUGGUGGUCUCUGUCUUCUACCUAGUGACUCUGGUAGGAAACACCACCAUUAUUCUGGUGUCCAACCUAGACCCCCACCUCCACACUCCCAUGUAUUUCUUCUUAUCCAAUUUGUCUCUUGUGGAUCUCUGUUAUACAGCUAGCAUUGUCCCCCAGAUGUUAGUAAAUCUUUGGGGUCCAGGAAAGUCUAUUUCCUAUGGAGGGUGUGUGCUACAGUCCUUCUUCGCCCUCGACUUGGGAGCCACAGAGUGUCUCCUCUUGGCUGUGAUGGCCUAUGACCGCUAUGCCGCUGUGUGUCAACCUCUCCACUACACCGUGAUCAUGCACCCUCAGCUCUGCCAGAAGAUGGUGGUGACCUCCUGGCUAGGUGGGCUUGGCUGUGCCUUAAUUCUUUGCUCCUUGACUUUGCAGUUGCCAAGAUGUGGGAAACGAGAUAUAGAUAAUUUUUUCUGUGAGAUAACAGAUUUGUUCAAGAUGGCUUGUAUCGAUUCAAAAGUAAUUCAAAAUGUUUUCUCUGCCCUUUCAGUCGUAUUUCUACUUUUACCCUUAUCACUUAUUUUCACCUCCUAUGGAGUGAUCACUCGUGCCGUGAUGAGGAUCAAGUCAGCGUCGAGAUGGCGUAAGAUCCUCAACACAUGUGGUUCCCACCUCACAGUGGUGGCUCUGUUUUAUGGAACAGCCAUUUCAAUGUACUUGAUGCCACGUAAUAAUAACACAUCCCAAAAUAAGGGGAAGUUCAUUGCUCUCGUUUACACAAUCAUCAUACCAGGCCUCAACCCUCUGAUCUACUCUUUAAGAAACAAAGAUGUAAAGAAUGCAGUCAAGAGAAUGGUGUGUGUAGGACAGGGGUCAGAAAAGUCCUGA